AUGGUCAGGUAUGUGAAAUCUCACCUGUCUAAGGCAUUCCUGUAUUUUGCACCUGUUAGUCAUAAGUUUCUUAUCCUGGUGGACAAUCAGUCAUGGCGGAAGAACAAACAGUCAAGAUCAGCCUUCAUAAGGGAGUUAAUGAUCACCAAGUACAGAUUGUCACCUUUUAUAAACCAUAGAACUCUGCAUAAGAGUCCAAAUUUAGGUUACAGAUCUCCCAGCCAUGAAAGUAAAAAUUUGUACAAGUGGUUUCCCAUCAUGAACAUGGCCCGUUUGAGAGAAAAAGCUCCUUUCUCUGCGAUGAAUUUGUAUGAAGCUUUACACGGCCUUAUUGUGUUCGAAGUUGCAUGGAGUGAUGUACGCGGUAUCAACUAUGUAAACAAACUCCAGGAUGAUACAUCCUUUGCCUUAGAAGUAAAAGCUUUGAGGAAAUGGGAAUUCAAUGGCAUCGACCAAGCAUUGGCCUGCAUAACAUCAUGGUUCACAGGCACUGAAUCCGAAACACAAACACUGCAGAACAAUCUGGUCCUUCUUCAUAACAAAGUUCCUUCCCUUUGUUCGCACGAAAUUACUGUUGCUGCAAAAGCAUUGUUGUUUAAUGAUGCAUCUCAAGCUGAGCUAUUUUCAGAAGAUGUAUUCUUUGAUGUUAGAGAAUGUCCAAUUGACACAAAUGAUAUACUUAGUAGGGACUGUCAGGUGGCUGGAACACAUGGGAAUAGAGAACAAAACGUGGAAAUGAAUAGUAGCAUUGAGUCUAUGGAAUAUAAGGACACCUUUCUACUGUUCACUUUCAAUGAUACUGAUCUUCCAUUUAAAUUACGGCAGAUAAUCACUCCAGAUUUAAAACUUCUUGCUUUGCUUGAGGCAGGCCUACCUUCUUGGGUCAUCUUUCUUCAAUCCUAUCCACUAUUCUGUAAAGUAUAUAGUCCCUGGAUGCCGCCUUUGUUCAGAACCUUUUAUAUACUAAUCUCCCUUAUAACUGUUGUUAUCGGGUUUUAUGAUCUCUAUAAGAAUAUACCUCUCCUCAAGGCAACCGCAUCCCACCUCUGUGGGCCACUUUUUAAAUGGAUUGAAGAAUGGGAUGGGAUUUCAAGAAUUAGAUAUCUAGGAACAAUGUUGUUCCUUCAUAACCUUGAGAAGGCUAUAAAGUGGUUUCUAACAAUGAUGCGCAUGGUAACAUUGUCCGUUUCGCUGCUCAUGAAACCUUUGACAUACCCACUUGGGGAAAUAAUUGAAUUUGUAAAACCAAUGUGGAUCAUUUUUGCUGAAAUGGGAGAACAAUUCUACAUCACCACUUGGGUUUGGAUUGGCCCCUUCUUCAGCAUGAUCAGUGAUUUUGUUGAGUUUAGUCAAAUUCAUCCCAAAUCUCACUUUGGGGUUCUCUCUGGAAUGAUCUCUUCUCCCAGGUCUUCAGGUCUCUUCGGAACAUUUUUAAUGGUCUUGUUGCAUUCUGGACAUCCUGCACCCAAUAUAGACAUAGUCUAA